CUCUACUUGUCUAUGUUUUAACAGAAUCAAAUGUGGUUCCAAUUUCAAUUUACCAAAAUUACCAAGAAUUUCCUUCUUUGUUCCAAAAACAUGUAGUAGAAACAUGGUAAUUAAGGAAAAUACACCAAAAAUAUUAAAAAAUAUUAUUGAAACCAUAAAAAUAUUACAUGAUGAAAGUGAAGAAAAAAUAUACAAUUCUACAAAUUAUAAUACUUGUAUUAAACUCUAUGCAAUCUUAGAAGCAAUAUGUGACAGAAUUGAAAUGCAUAACAACAUAAGACAACAACGUGAGAAUUGGAACAUACUUUUAUUAAACUCUAUCAACAUGAUAACAUUAACAGCUUCAACUAUGUCUUGUAUUGCAUGUUGUACUGAUUCUGAUGCACCCCUUUUGAGUUUGAAGCUAUCUUCUGCUCUUUUAUUCUCUGCCGCGACCGGAAUGUUACUUGUCAUGAACAAAAUCCAACCUUCACAACUUGCGGAAGAACAAAGAAAUGCUACAAGGCUCUUUAAAAAGCUUCAUACACAAAUUCAAAACAAAAUUUCACUUGGCUGUAAUAAUAAUAAUAAUCUUAGUGAAAGUGAUGUGAGGGAUGCUAUUGAGAAAAUUUUGGCUAUGGACAAAGCUUUUCCACUUCCAUUGUUAGGAGGAAAAAUGAUUGAAAAAUUUCCAUCUAAAUAUGAAGCAUCUAAUUGGUGGCCUAAAAACAAGACUAGAGUCCCCCCUAGAACGGAUCGUUCAGGAGAAUCCAAGUUCGAUUCCUGGUGGAAACAGUUUUUGGCCAGACUUUACUUAUCUUACGGUCGAAGUCUGGAUUACUGGGGGCCUGUUCCCCUAGGAACCAGAGGGUUAAUACCUAAAAAGAAAACUAGAGUUAACAAUAAGAUGGAAAUUAAUGAAAGCAAUAAUGGGUGGAAUUUGGAAUUGGAAAAUGAAAUGAAAGAGGUUAUUGAAGUGGUGAAGAGAAAAGAUAUUGAGGAUUAUGAGAGAUUAGGGAAUAUUGCAUUGAAGAUUAACAAGCGUUUAGCUAUGUUAGGACCUUUGUUAACAGGACUUGGAGCUAUAGGGUCAUCUUUUGUAGGUGAUGAAAUGUUGGUAAAUUUUGUUCCUGUUUUUGCCGGCGCUUUGGCUACUGUUGUUAAUAGUUUUGAGCAUGGAGGACAAGUUGGUAUGGUUUUUGAAAUGUAUAGAAACUGUGGUGGAUUUUUUGAGCUUUUGGAAGAAACUAUUGAAGAGAGGGAUUUGAAUAGAAGAGAAAAUGGAGAGGUGUUUGAAAUGAAAUUUGCUUUGUCAUUGGGAAGAAGUGUAAUGGAGAUGAGAGAACUUGCUUCAAAAUCUGCUUCAUGUCGUAGUGAAGGAUGUGAGAUAGAUGAAUUUGCGAAUAAACUCUUUUGAAAUAAAAUAUUUUGUUUUGAUUUCUUGUUUGAAUAAUUCUUUCAAUUAUUUUGAAAAUGGCUCACCACUUAGCUGUUAUCUCAUUUUAUUUUUCUAUAUAUAGAUUCUAGUUCAAACGAUGUAAUAAAGGUCGGAACCAAGCAUACUCAAAAACUUUUAUUUUAUUACAAAUUAUGUUCCAACAAUUUAUCACUCAUAUCACUACAAGAAAAUAAGCAUUUUGCGACACUUCCAUUGCGACAAUUUAAAAAAAACUGUCGCAAUGUGAUUUUGAAAAGACAUUUGCAACGGUUUAUACGACAGUUUCUACAACCGUCGCAAUGUUUUUGUUUCCAUGACCGAAAAUUUCAUCUUGGCGCCUUGUUAAAAUGGAAUCCCUCUUUUUCCAAACAAAAAAAUUGAAAAAUAAAAUUGAAAAUAGAAUCCUCACACUCACACAAAAACACUUCCUAUGUUACAAAAAAAACACAAAAUACUCCUUCGUUGUCAUUGAGCCUGUGUCAUCACCGUUUCCUCACCGUCGUUUCCAUCACCGUCGUUUCCUUCUCCGACCAUAACCCUAACUGUUUUCUUCAUCACAGUUUCCUAUCACGCCUAAUCUACUCAUUUUCUUCAUCAACCCUAAUCCCUAAAUCGUUUUCUUCAUUCCUUAAAUCGCAAAAUCGCAAACUGGUUCGUUGCUCUCAUUUCAAAACAAGAUGAUGAAUGGGGAAUUUCGUUUUCUCUUCAAUUUUAUUUUUUUGAUUCAGAGUCAAUUGAAAAUUGAAGAAAAGAGGGAUCUUUUGUGGUUUUGGUGUUUUUUUUCCUCUUCGUUUUUGAGAUGGUAACUGGUUUGAAUUGUUCACUGAUUAAUAAUUCGUUGAUAGGUAUUUAGCAUAUUGGAGCAUUUGGGUUUUGUUGAUUUAUUGCAUUUAGAUGGAACUCUUGUGAAUCACAAUACCAAAUAUUUUUCAAUUGGAUGAGUUUAUUUGUUAUCUGUUUUAUUUUGAAGCUGUACUGGUUUUUUUUUUUUUUUGCUUCCAAUGUGUUGAUGCUUAAGGCCCUGCACCUGGUGUGUGUGGGUGUUAGUACCACUGUUAGUUUUUAUUUCCCUUUGAUAUGUGGAGCCUUUGUAAGGUUGACCACAACCAAUAUUCCAACUGAUGGGUGAGUACAUCAUGUGUAUUUAUUGAAAAUUAGGCAUAGUUGGUGCAAUUGUGUUCACUUGUUUUGUAGUAAAAUAACUGUCUUGUUUAAUAUAUGGCUUCAUUCUUGCUUGAGUACUAGAUUUUGGGGGUUGGGGCAUUGCUAAUAAUUACUGAGCAUGAGUGCAAGUUCCUAACUAUGCUUGAUUGUAAACUUUUGAUUACUUUAUAUAGGUGUUGUGCAAAAAGGUUUUAAUGCUAUUUUCAGAGACUGUAAUGGUAUUUCCAUUUUCUACUUAUGUUUUAUUGAUUGAAAUUCUAUGGUGAUUGAAUUUGCUUCAUCGCCAUUUUCUAUAAUAAGUACUAAAUCCCUAACCGUCGACCUUAAUCCCUAAAUUGUUUUUUCCUUCAUUCCAAUCCCUAAUCCCUAAAUUUCCGGCUAGUGACAAAGCUUCUCUUUCUUUUUCUCAUUGAGCAUAGUUCAUUGUUUUCAUCUCAGGUUACUUUGAAAAAACAACUAUCAAUUGAUUGUAUCAUAGCUUUGCUUUGGAUCUGUUUUUGUUGGUUGUGAAGAUUAGUAGAAUGACAUGUUAGGUUGAGAAUUGAAAUUUAUGAUUUUGUAUGAUUUUUAUGAUGUUUUGUUUUGAGAAAUGUUUGUUGGUUUUGUUUUGUGAGGUUUGGAUGAGUAUAUCUGCUUCAUACAUUUAGCUAGUUUUCUUGUGAUCUUAAUUUCAUCGAUCAUCUAGUGACAUUGGAUGGAAAGAACACCAGUGUGCGAGGCCGAUAAUUGUUGAUCCGGGGUAGUACAUAAACAAGAAGUAAGAUGUGUUUUAGGUUACAUAGAGGAGAAGUAAACCAGCUGCUUUCAAACUUUUCACAGGUGAUGAUUCUUUUUCUUGUCUUCUGGGGUUUUUUUGCUUUAUAUAUAUGUUGCUCUAUGUUUGCAUAGUGGUUUUAUACUUUUUUCAACAUUGCCAGCUUUUUAGUGGUAAUUUUGGUUUAGCUUCUAUCUUAUGGAGCUUUUCAUUUGAAUUAAGUUUAUGGUUCACCACUUGUUGAAAAGUCUUUAUUGGUGUUCAUGAAUAAGUUAAAUGAGAGAGCUUUUGAGAAAAUUGAGAUAAAAACUAAUGUCAACUUAUACAAGAAGCUAUUGUUCAAAAAACUCGGUAGUUUUAGUAAGAAAAUUAUUUAGUAUUGCAUUGGUUUUUGCAUUGGAAUGUUUUGAAUAGGUUGAGGCAAUUAAAAUGACGAGGCUUAAGAAACCUUUUGUGUAUUCAUUUCACGGUGCCAUGAGUGUCAUUAGUUGGCAAUUAAAGUGUUGAAGUUUAAGUAACCUUUCGUGCAUUUAUCUCUUGGCUGCAUCUGUUCCCUGGUUGCCUGUUUGCUCAAUUGUGUACUAUUUGUGUGUUCCUAUGUAUUCCUUGUACUUGGUUCACUAUUUUUUAUAAAAUUUGGCUUAUUAAAAAAAAAACACACUUUUUUAUCUCUUGCUUAAUUUUGUUCUACCUUCAAAGAAGAAUUCUGAUGUUAGGUGUCUUUAGUGGGUUUUAACAUAGUUAAUUGGAUUUUAUUCUAUUGACUUUGUAUCGUAAUUUCAUACAACAAUGAUGAAUUUUGAUUCUAAUAGCACCUAAUAAGAUUAUUCAUGAAAAUGUCAAAAACUCACAUAAGAACUUUGAAACACCAAAUGAAAGGUAAUAUACAAGGGUUGAUUUGUUAGUAUAUGUUUCUUGUUGCUUACAUUUUUUCAUUUUCCUCCUCUGUCUUUUGAGCUUCUUGUAGAGUCGGCUUUAGAGAUUUGUUACAAUAUUGGAAGUCAUGGUGUACAUUGAAGCAAAAUUGUAUGGAUGGAACUAGUAGCAUAUAAAAGGAUUUCCAACUUUUUUAGAAAAUGUGGUGUUCAUUUUUAUUCUAGAGUUAAUACAUUCAGUGGUGGAUGCUUUCUUUGUUAACUUAAAUUUUGUUCCCGAAAAGUAAAUGUUACUAGUAACUAAAACUUAAAUAUGAGAAACUUGACUAAAAUAUUGAGUUUCCCUUUCUUAGAGCAGAAUCUGAUUUAGUGUGCCUCCCUUUUGUUAGUCUGAAAUACCGAGUUUCCCCAAGUUUCUUAAUAGUUUUUUUUUUUGUUGUCUCUUGUUUGAGGGGUUUGGUCAUUCAUGCAAUUCAUUACUUUACUCACACAGAUAGAGAUUGGAUUCAACUAAAGAUAGAAGCAUUUCUCAUUUUGCGCAGCCAAUUUCUUAAGUCUGCUGCCAAAUUUUAACUCUGCUGCUGAUUUUGUAACUCUGCCGCCGUUUUCGUAAUUGAAUAAGAAGAAUCAAGAAAUGAUUAAGGAUCAUGAAGCAACAUAACAUACUAGGGAUUAGUUUUUUUCCUUUUAGAGUUUCAAGUUAUUUAAUUAAAUUUUUUAUGUAUGGAUGUUGUCACUAUUGAAUUAAUUAUAUGAAUGAGAUUAAGUUAUUUAUAUACAUGUGCAUUUUAAUUCUCGUAA